UGGACUGAAUCUUUUCGUACUGAGUGUGGGCAUCUUAGCUGAUCGCCGCGUUUCAUCCGUCUCCUCCUCCUCCUCCUCCUCCUCCUCUGCCUCGCUGUGCUCCUCUUGCAAAAGGUGCCUCCUGUGACUGCUGUUUUCUGACCAUGAACUUCUCUCGGAUUUAAGGAGUUUCCAGAUAAAGGUCGGCGUGAACGGUUUCUUUUGCAAAACACAGUUCCAGGGGGCCGAAGAGGAGACGCUGUCCUUUCUGUGAGACCUUCCCGACCCUCGAGGACUGAUUCGGGUUUUAGGGUGAGCCAAACUCACAGAUCCGAUUCGAAAAUAGCCGACCUCUGUCCCAGUUUUGUCCCCUGGACCACGAUGGGUUCAGACGUCCGUGACCUGAACUCCCUGCUGCCCCCGCUCCCGGCGUGCCCCAGCCCCGGGUGCCCAGCCCUGCCCGUCAGCACGGCCCCCCAGUGGGCCCCCGUCCUGGACUUCCACACCGCCGCCUCCCCGUACUCGUCCUUGGCCACGCCGCACGCCUCCCUGAGCGCCCCGCACGCCUCGCUGGGGCCGCACUCCUUCAUCAAGCAGGAGCCCAGCUGGGCGGCCGCCGGCGACCCCCACCACCACGAAGCCGACCCCCACUGCGGCCUCAGCGCCUUCACCGUCCACUUCUCCGGCCAGUUCACCGGCACCGGGGCCUGCAGGUACGGGGCCUUCGGGGCCCCGCCGCCCCCAAACCAGCCGCCGUCCGUGGCGGCGCCGCACCACCACCAGCCCCCCGGCAGGAUGUUCAGCAACCCGCCGUACCUGACCAACUGCAUGGACACGCAGCAGGCGGCGCGCAACCAGACAGGCUAUAGCGCAGUCGCAUUCGACGGAGCCGGUAAUUACGGUCACACUCCUACUCACCACAGCUCGCAGUUCUCCAACCAUUCCUUCAAGCACGAAGACGCGCUGACUCAGCAAAGCACCAUGGCGGAGCAGCAGUACCCCGUACCUCCACCUGUCUAUGGAUGCCACACGCCCUCCGACAGCUGCACGGGCAGCCAGGCUCUGCUGCUGAGAAACCCAUACAACAGCCACGCGACUGGCUACGACAGCGACCCCAACACCCCCAUGCUGUACAGCUGCAGCACGCAGUACCGCAUACACACACACGGAGUCUUCCGGGGCCUACAGGAUGUGCGACGGGUGCCCAGCAUUGCGCCGACCAUAGUGCGCUCAGAGAGCAGCGAGAAGCGCCCGUUCAUGUGUGCCUACCCAGGGUGCAACAAGCGGUACUUCAAGCUGUCUCACCUGCAGAUGCACAGUCGCAAACACACAGGGGAGAAACCCUACCAGUGUGAGUUCACAGACUGUGGCCGGAGGUUCUCUCGCUCUGACCAGCUGAAACGACACCAGAGGAGACACACAGGAGUUAAACCCUUCCAAUGCGAGACGUGUCAGAGAAAGUUCUCUCGGUCUGACCACCUUAAGACACACACCCGGACUCAUACAGGUAAAACAAGCGAGAAGCCGUUUAACUGCCGGUGGCCGAACUGCCAGAAGAAGUUUGCCCGGAGCGAUGAGUUGGUGCGACACCACAACAUGCACCAGAGGAACCUCACCAAGCUCCAGCUGGCCAUCUGAGGCUUCUCUCAGCCCGCUUCCCAGUUUGGAAUCAAAACACCCGGGUUUCAUCUGCUUUUACCUUCUGUCUGUGGUUAUUAAACAGCUGGUGACCACCCUCGCCCCUCCAGAAACUAGCCUGAGUGGGAACGAGUCUUGCCCUGUUUAAAAGGUAAAAGGGAACAGUAAUAGUAAUGAAAAAGUUAAGCACAGUCUACAUAACAAGCCAAAUGAGUCUUGACACAAUCUAAAAUGUGCGACUU